UGUUUCAUUUUCUGUAUAUUUCAGGUAGUUACAACUUUAAUUAUCUUCCACCCACAAUGCUGUGUUCAAGAUGAUGGAUAUACAGUCCCCGUCAUGUUUUAGACCUACACCAACUUUACCUCUCAACACAUCAGCUGGAUCAUUGUCCCUGAGUUCUCCUGUAGCAGAUAGGUCCAAUUCUAAGUAUUCAUUUUCGAGAAGUAACAGCUUCACAGGCAAUAUGGUUGUCGAAUCACAGUCUCUCAACUUUAGGCCGAUGACACCAGAUCCUCAUCCAGACACUGUUAAUAAAUCUGACUCUAAUAAACUGGAUCUGGAAAAAUCUGGACAACAGAAUUUAUCCAUGCCUCCUGAAGGAGCAGUGACACCCACUGAAGAGCAUGUUGCGAAAAAGCCAAGGCUGAUGACGUCCAGUGAAGACCUUUCGACUAAAACAGAUAUUGAGUACAUUUUUGACAAUAAUUAUCACAAUGAUAAAAAAGAUCAUAAUACUAUUGAAAUGAAUGGAGUGCACUAUCCAGAAGAUAAAGUGCAAGACUUUUCAACUGAGUCAAUUGAAGGAAUGCCACAUGGAGAAAAGCGAAGAAGAUUGUCUGAAUCUAUUGCUCUUAAAAAUACUGAUUCACUGUUAGAAGCAGCAUUUAAAGCAGGUCUUGAUAAAAGUCCGCCAACACUGAGUCCUAAAACUAUAUCUGACACAGAUUUCGAUGCAGUCAGUACCGGAAGUCCGAGCAUGAGCAUCAGUGGGGAGAGACGAAGGCGCAAACCCAAUCUGGAAGAUAUUGUUCGAAGGAUGAGAGAAGUUGAAACUGAUUACAGUGAGGACAGUGAGAUUGAUGAAAUGAAUGAUGAUAUGCAAGAAGGCCAAGAUGAAGUAGAUGGUGAUCUGUCAGUGAGAAUGCCUGUAUUAGCUAAUCAGAUUGAUGAAUUAAAAGGCGGCAAGAAUUUUGAGAAUGGUGACAUAAUUAAUAGCUAUGAUCAGAGAGUGUUAAUCAAACGUGAACUUAAUGAAAACAAUAACAUUAUUGAGAAAAUGCGUCAAGAUGAAGUGGACAAAGAGAACAAAGGUGGUGAUGAUGAUGGUGAAAAUCAAGGUGUACCACUUCCAGCUUCAAAACUCGAGACUCCGGCACAAAAUGGCGAGUCUGUAAUUAAACAGACUGGUCAUGUGACUCCACCCCACAGUACAUCAAACAACUGGCUACAUGGCAGCAGUCCAUUCAAUGGAUUUCCAAUGUUCCCUUUUCAAACCAAUCCAGCAGAGCUUCCAUUCUCUAAAUUCAUGAAUCCAUUUGAAAACAAGUUUAACUCACCAGAGUUGGAAAAAGAUUACCUAAAAUGCCAAUAUUGUGAGAGGACAUUUCGACGACAAAAGAACCUUGAAAACCAUAUAGAGAAUACACAUCAUGGGAAAAGCCCACAGCGGAAGAAAUCUGGUGAGACUACAGGAGACAUGUAUUUCAAAUGUACACAUUGUCCAUAUACAACAAAACACCAGAGCAACUUGUAUGUUCAUCUUCGUAUCCAUACAGGUGAAAGGCCGUAUAUUUGUGGUGCAUGUGGUGUACAGUACAGUCAGAGUCACAGUCUUAAGUCACAUAUCAUCAACAAGCACGACAGUAUCAUGUCAUACUACAUCAAAGAAAAACGUACACGCUCACCAAGAGGUCUCGGUUACCUAGCAACACAGCCAAUACCUGGAGAAUCUCCAGUGUUCAAGAUGCCGGCUUCUCCAAUGAUUCCAAAUCCGUUUCCGGGCAACUUAAACGGCCUUCAUCUUCCGCAGACAUCUCCAAGUCAACAGCUCAAGCAUUCACCACCAUCUCAUAUGCAGAAUAAUCAAUCUUCUGUGCCACAUUCACCCGUUCUUUCACCAAAUUACCCACAAUCCCAACCACAGGUUUCACCUGGAAACCAGCAGCAGCAGAUGUCGCCCCAGCAACCCCUUCACCGACCACCAUUCCCACCAUUUCAUCACAUGAUUCCAGAUGGCAUGGAGAUGGCACAGAAGUCACUAGAGUUUGCAAAACUCGGUUUAAUGAACUUUCCGUUUUAUGGCAAACCAUUCCAUAGUAAGCCAAGUCCACCAUUCCACAUGAAUGGACAUGGCCAGAUCUCCCCACAGUUUAGCAAUGGGCAAAUUCUUCAACAAUCAAGGCAGCAACCUACGGAACAAUCCAUGCAGCAAAAUGGGGUUAGUGCACAACAGCAAUAUCAUAAAACCCACAAUCCAUUGCAAGAAAUCCAUGAUAACAGACAUCAAGAUGAUACUGGUGCUAUAGAUUUGAGAAAGAAAUGCAAUGAUGAGGCACUCGAUUUAGCUGUACCUGACAAAAACAUGAAAUGUACAGAGGACGGAGCAAAAUGCCCGAAUUGUCUUCAUUUGCUGAAGCUGAAGAUGCUGCGAAUGAAUGUUGUACGAAUGCUGAGCAUUUUGGUCCCGAAUCUAAACUUUGAAGAGAAGGGAAUCAACGCAGAGGGCGAUUCAGUGGAUGAUCUCCUACGUGACGUCAUCGAGAGCAAUAUUCAUGAUGAGGAAUCAAAUGAUUAAACUAUCAAUAGAAAUCAUGUAAGAAAUAAUGUACAGAUUAAUGUCGGACAUUCUUUUCUUUUAUCACAAUUUUUUUGUGUUGCAGACAAUGUUGUGGAUACUUGUCCAGGUGUUUGUAUUGAGAUGCAAAACUGGACAAAUAGAAGAAAAAAGUAUUUAUCUUUUCAUGUGACAUUAAUCAUGGCAUGGGGAGCGUGUUAUUUUGUGCAGCAAUUUGUGGCAGCAAUCAUUCUAGUUUUCAAACAAAUUUGUAGUAUUAACGUCACUUUUUUUUCACACGAAAAAAAAAAAGACAAAAAAAAUCCAUAGUUAAAAAAAACAAUUGUUGGAGAGUUCUAUAUAUAGUGAACUUAUGGUGCAAUAACUCAUGUCUCAUAAUUAGGAGUUAGUUCCCCUUGUUAAACAUUGACAUAUCAAAAGAAGAAGAGGCAAGGCGGUUAUGAUAUAAUGUUUGCAGAAAUUCCCGUCUAGUGUUAGGUGGCUUCAUCUCAUUUGCAUAUGACAUUUUUAAUUUGCAUAUUUCAUUUUGUGCUACGCAGCUUUCAGAAGCUGAAAUUUCACGGAGCUGUGUAUCGUAUACUAAUUUUGGAAAUUCCUGCCGCAUUCAUUUGCAUGUCAUUUUGUUCAAAAGUCCAUUUAAUCAUUUAUUUUUUAAAGAGAUCACUAUUUAUUGAGUGAAAAUCCUGCCAUGGUACUUUGUAUUUAAAGUGGAAUGAUACUAUCAUUCGAAAACAGGCCAUAAUUGACAAUUGGACUUGUUGUUUUCUGAAAGGAUUUUUUUCCUAGUCAAUAGACGAAAAGUAUUCCCAAAGAUUUUAUUCAUUAUAUGAAGUGAACAGAACAAUCCAAUUUUAUGUCAAGGUUGUUUUACAUGAACUAUUUUUGUGUAAUGUAAACAUAUUUUUUGAUGUCACAGUUAAACUGUGGGCAUCAUGUUUUGUUAAUUUCAUGACUAUUGGGUCACAGACCUUCAUUUUUCACAUUCGAGUUCUGGUGGAGUUUAGAGCAAACUACAGAUGUACAGAAGUGUCUUAUCCUUUACCCUAUGGGCAGCAUGCAACAUUACAAUAUACGCUUCUUACCCUUAGUGCUGACAUGGAACAUUCCAUAUUGACUCGGACAUUCCAUUGUUUCUAAAAAGGGGUUAUGUUAUAUACAUUCCAAAAAGUGGAUCUGUCCAUGACGUAUAGUGCUAAGAAACUUUUUUUCACCUUGAAUUCCUGAUGUUGCAGCAGAAGUGUGACCAGUUUAUGGAAACAGACUAUAAUUAUAUGGAAAUAUUAGCAGACGUGUCACCAAAUUUUUGAGUACUGACUAUAGUAAUGUCAGCAGACAUAUGACCAAACUUUUGGAAACGGCUAUAGGAGAAUCUGCAGACGACAGUGAUAAUUUCUUUCCUGCUUUCCAAUGACUUAUAUACUGAAAGUCACAUGAUUUUUAUGCAAGGUGCCUUUUGAAAACCCGGCAGCCAGUUUGGAGAAUUGUUACUAUUUUUAGUGCUACCAUUUUUUCUGCAAAUCUGUAAUUUGAUCUGAAAUUGACACUGAAAGGUCAACUGGUGCUUAAAUGCAAUACAGUUGGUGGUUGGCGAAAAACCAAAGACACUUUAAUUAAGACUAAGUAGUGUUUAAAGAGUAUAUAUAUAUAUAUACACACAAUGUAAAUGUUUCUCUGUGAAUUGUGCGCUCAUUUGUUUUGUUGUAAAUUUCAUAUUUUUAGAACACUAUCCUUGUAGCUGUGCGUGUCUUUUCAUUAUAACUGUUGAACAAUUUGUAUAUGUUUCAGCAAAUUGAUUGAUAAAGAACUAUGACUUUGUACAUACACUAAUAAUAUUCUACUUCCAUUGUAAGUUUUUAACAUUAGCCAAAAGACAAAACUGCAUUUACGAUAAUGCCAUCAAAGAUAUAUUUGACCUAGCUGUACAAGAGAAAUAUAUCAAGGAUUCUGUGCAACGCUCUUUAUCCAACAAAUAGAAACAGUGCAGUAUUGAUUCCUUGAUAUGUAAAUACUUUUUGUACUGCAAGGUUAGAUCCCCACCUAUUUACUACAUUUUACAUAUUUUACUUUUUAAGAAUUAAGAUUAUCUGUAUUCUUUGGGAAAAAAGUUGUUUUGGGAGGGUGGGGGCAUCAUUAUCAUUCCAAGUAAAUUCAAUUUAUCUUGUAAGAAUUUGAAUUUUUUUUUAUAAUUUAAAGUAAUUAAAAAAGUAUAAUGUGUUAAAAAGUGGACAUUUAUGAAUUUGUUUGCAAAAUUUAGUACAUCUAGAGUAUUGAAAAUAUUUUUGGUAAGUUAAAGACAUAUUUUUUAAUGCCAUCAAAACUUUCACGAGAGAAGUUUUAUUCUCAGAUUUAUUUUCUUAGGGAUACAUAAAAUACUGAAAAUGAAAUUUACAUUGAUAAGUUUAAAGACUAUGUAGGGCAUUUUACCGGAAGCAUUUUUGUAUUUUGUCACUCACAUUGUUUGCACAAGAUGCAGUGUUUUCAUUUUUUACCUAUGAUUAUUAUAUUUGACCUAUUGAGUAGACCAUUGUUCAAGAACAAUCAAUAUUUUACAGUGUUUUCCUUCAGCUUCUAAAAGUUCUAAGUUGUAUAGCAAGAUUUUUUUCAUAUUUUUGUAAAUUUCAUUUCUUCUUAUUUUUACUUAUAGCUUAAAGUACAAAGUUAUAGCAUGUAUUCUAACAUAAGUUUAGCACAAGUACAAAUUACAUAAAUUAAUAUUUUGCUCAAUGGUUCAAUAGGUCUUAUAUAAAAACAACAGGUUGCAUAAUGAUUUUAAUCAAAAUGAUAUAACUUUUACUGCUGACAACUUAGAUUAGUUUUUAAUUAGUUAAAAUUUCAACAUGUCAUACUCGAUUCCUGUAAGCAGCUCUUUCAUUGGUCAAUUUUAAAUAUGAGAUGCCUAGAAAACAUCCAAUCAGAUUAUGUGUUUUAACAGUAUCUAAAAAUAGUAACAUUGGUGUUUUUUUCAGUAGUUAAUUUGUAUCAGUCGUAAAUUAUAUGAAAUAAGUUACUUGUAUUUGGUGCUUUUUUGCAAAAUCAUUUCGUAGUUAAAAAAUAUAACAAGGCCUACAUAUCAAUAAGGUCACACCAAAUUGAAACCUUUAAAAGUUAGCAUACUUUUGCAGGAAUAUUGAUGCAAGAAAAAUUAAAGAUUGACAUUGAAAUAUGUUAACCUAUGUACAAAACCUUUAUAUUGGCUAAGAUGAUUUUAUAAAAAAAAUUACUGUUUCAGAAAAUAAAAACUUAUUUCUAUCAACCUAACAUUGUUAGAGUAGCACAUUAGUAAAGUAUGAUACAUCAUAUUUGUAAAUGUUUUGAUUAAUAUAAUAUUUUUACAAUUUAUCAAUUAAAAUAUUUAAAAACAAAAAAAUCAAAUCAUUUUUGGCAUUACCAAGGCUUCCAAUUGUUAGUGUGAGGCUCAUUUUUUGCCCAUUCAAGUCUUAAGAGAGAAAAGUAUUGGCACAGAAUAAUAUUACUAUAGUUUGGUGUGGCCUUGAAAUGAAAUGAUAAGCAAACCAUAUGUCCAGAGAAUUUGUGCCUAUAGAAUUUAGAGGGCAGCAUAUUUUAAUGUUUUUUCAAAUCGUCAUCAUCAUCUUGAUUUUGAAUUAUGCUUGUUGUAUGAUGGUCCUAGUCUAUGAUUUUGUCACAACAAUGGAAGACUUUUGUACUUGCUCCAUUAUUUAUAUGAGUCGUAUAUAGUGAUUUUGGGCCUUUAGGAAAAAAAUGUAGUUAUUCCCAAUUUAAGCAACAUCAGUUGUUGUUUUUUUCUGCAGGAGUAAAUCAUCAGCUGAUUUAACAGGAUUUUAUCAAAAUGAUAGCAAAAUUAUUAGAAACAAAGGAAACAAUGCAAAUUUUACACACACAAAAUAUCUGUGAUACUACAAAUAAGAAAUGUUAUUUAUGAAUAACUUACUAUUUUAUUGUUUAAUGAUGCCAUUUUGUCGUUUUUAACAUCUAAUUCCUCAGGUACCAUUAUCACUUGAUGCGGCUCAUAUUAUGUAUUUACAAUCGUCUCAUAUUAAUGAAUUUUCACACUUUUUAACAUUUUAUGUAAACUUUGUUAUCUGUGUGUUUCUGUAUUGAAAGUCCAGUCAAAUAUUCUGUAAAAUUAUGCUAAAAUGAUAGAUUAAAAGUCAAUGAAUAUACCCAAAGAAAAGUGCACACUAAAAAUUUUUUAGUGAAGUUAUCAGUAUUUAACUUUGUAUUGUGCUAAUGAUUUGUUUAAUUUUCAUUGCACUGAUGAUUAUUUCUUUCAAAUAAUUUGCAAUGUUAAUAAUUAUCAACUUUGUAUAGACAAUGGCUUAUGUCUGCUGAACUGUAUGUUUUAUUUUUUGAUAAAAUACAAGGGAGAUAAAAAGGAACUAAUAGACACUGUUACUCCCCUUAAAUUCAUACACUAUUAUCAUUAUAUCUGGAACUGGUGUGACCCAGAUUAGAUAUAAGAAAAACAUUCCUGAAAUUUUGUUCAUUUUCUUUUUGUUAUUAUUUACUUCCAUAUCAUAAUUAUUUGUUUUAAAUUCAAUAUAAAGUGAUUUGAUUGGGACCACUGAAAGAAAUCCAAACAUUUUGUCUUUGGAAACAAAAAUCAUUAUUAUUUCUUACUGUUUUUAGCUCGACUUUUCUAUGAAAAGGGGAGCUAUCCUACUCGCCCCGGCGUCGGCGUCGGCGUCACACCUUGGUUAAGUUUUUCGUACCACCCCACUUUAUUUCAGAAGUAUUACAAGUAUGGCUUUGAAACUUACCAUACUUGUUCACCAUCAUAACCUCCAUCUACAGACAAGAGUACAUAACUCUGUCAAGGUUUUUGACAGAAUUAUGGCCCUUUUUUGACUUAGAAAGUGUAUUGAGCUUGGUUAAGUUUUUUGUACCACCUCACUUUAUUUCAAAACCAUUGGAGGUAUUGCUUUGAAACUGACCAUACUUGUUUACCAUCACGACCUUCAUCAACAGACAAGAGGACAUAACUCUGUCAAGGUUUUUGACAGAAUUAUGCCCCUUUUUGACUUAGAAAAUACAUUGAAUAUGGGUAAAAUCCACUUAUUGCCUUAACCCUUUGAGAUAUUGCUUUGAAACUUUUAAUGCUAUUUCACAUCAUUACCCCCAUCUGUACGCAAGAGAAGGUAACUCUGUCAAGGAUUUGUUUUAAAAAUUAAGGCCUUUUAUCGACUUAGAAUCUUGGUUAAGUUUUUAGUACCAGUCCACUUUUUGACUGAACUUUUUGAGAUAUUAAUUUGAAAGUUGGAAUACUUGUUUACAAUCAUGAUUCCCAAACAUGUCCAGGAGAAGGUAAUUCUGUCAAAGAUUUUAUUUGAAUUAUGGCCCUUAACUGUCAAUGUUUUGUAUUAUAGGCAAGCACUAAAAAACUUAAAAAAUCUAAAAAAAUUCAUUCCUAUCCACUUGUUCACUUUACCAUAAAUUAUGUCAUAUAAACAUUGCUGUAAUAUUCAAGGGUAUCAAACAACUAGUUCACUUUAAAAAUACAGAGAUUCUUGUAUUGCCUUUUACUGCAAAAACUUUUUUUAUUGGCAAGCAAUAAAAAAGUCGAGCGCGCUGUCUUACUUG